AUGCGAGCGCCGGAUAUUGAUCCUGAAUUAAAGGAACUGCUAGGUGCAGGCGCAAGCGGGAGUAGUCGACCCGGAUUGCCAAAGAUUAUUUUGAAAAAGAAAUUUGUACCUCCUACUAUCCCUCGUUAUGAAUUUGGUAGCCCUGGCUUUCCUUCUGCUCCGUUUCCCCCUAAAUCACAUGGGAAGCGUCCCAUAGGUGAGGUUGAAAGUGAGGUGUCGGGGAACGCUUUUGCCACUUGUCCUAACCUCGAUGGGGGGUCUCCACUUGUGAGCGCGUUGACCCGCGCACCAGUUGAUUUGCGAAAAAUGUUCGAUCUGUUACUCCAACUGAGUCCUCCACCCUCGGGCAUCGCCACUUUGUCCAACGAAAAAGUUGCUGAGCAGCUAGCCCAUCACCUAGCUAACGUUGCUAGCACAGGCGCCGAGCUGUUCCUGCGAUGCCAGCUUACUGCUAUAGGAUGGGAAAAGGAAACACAAUCACUCAGGGCCACCGUGAGGGAUCAGGAAAACCAACUCGAAUCUCGUCGAGAACAAAUAUCCCAUUUGGACGCCCAACUCUAUUCUUUGGGACAGUAUCCAAAUUCCGAUCAGUUUCGUCGAGAUGCCAUUGCUUAUUUCGUAUCUCGACCAUCCGAGGUGCCCGGUCUGUUAUCUGCUUUAUGUCCCUCCGAGGAUGCGGCCAUUCCUUUGUUCCAUAUGUUCCGAGAAGACCCAGUGAUAUCAGCGAUGAUACUCUUUGCGUACGAUUCGCCAAUCAAACUUCCCCUUGGUUGCUCCCUUGAGGUUGUGGAUGCGACUGUUGUACAUCUUGGUUGCUCCCUUGAGGUUGUGGAUGCGACUGUUGUACAUGUUGGUUGCUCCCUUGAGGUUGUGGAUGCGACUGUUGUACAUGGAAGUUGCUCCCUUGAGGUUGUGGAUGCGACUGUUGUACAUGGAAAAGGCUCCCUUGAGGUUGUGGAUGCGACUGUUGUACAUGGAAAAGUUGAGGCAGAGGUUGUGGAUGCGACUGUUGUACAUGGAAAAGUUGAGGCAUUUGUUGUUGAGCGAUAG